AUGUCAAGCGACGGGAAACCGGGAACUAGUGAUUCUCCUGGAGGGAAGUGGUCAUGGGGAAGCUUUAGUGCGGUUAUUGGGCCUGAGGUCAGCUUGCUGUGGAAGUUCAAGGAUGACUUCGAGUCGAUCAGAAGCACACUGUUGACACUCCAAGCUGUGUUGGAUGACGCUGAGAAGCGGUCUUCACGAGAGGAACGUGUGCACCUCUGGCUCAAGAGGCUUAAGUUUGCUGCUUAUGACAUUCAUGACAUUUUAGAGGAAAUGGAAUCCAAGAACGACAUUGGCUGUGGUUCACUUAAGAAGCUUAGCGCACACAUCACCAUUGCUCACAAGAUGAAGAAGAUGAGACAGAGGUUGGAGAAGAUUAAGGAAGAAGCAAAACUGGAUAUAUUCAAUUUCAAGGCUGAUUAUUGCUUCUUGGAUGAAAAUGUUAAUAGCAGGGCUACAUUUUCUUGUAUCAGUGAAGAGAUUGUGGGGAGGGCCAUGGAGAAAGAAACUAUAGUUGCUAUGUUGACAACAUAUAGUGAAGAAAAUUUUUUGACCCUCUGUAUUUAUGGUUUUGGUGGCCUUGGUAAGACCACUCUUGCCAGGUUAGCUUUCAAUGAUGAAAAUGUUGGGAGAGUUUUUGAUUACCGAGUAUGGGUCUAUGUAUCUAUGAAAUUUGAUCUGAAGAAAAUUGGUGAAUCUAUACUUUCUGAAAUUGAUGAAGGUAACUGUGGCCACCAUGCAAACCUUCAGGAGGUUACUCGUCAUCUCCAAAGAGUACUUGCUGGCAAGAAGUUCUUGGUUGUUCUUGAUGACCUAUGGGAAGACAAUUGGAUCCAAUUGCAAAAUCUGAAGACAAUGCUCAGCUGUGGUGCAAAGGGAAGUAAGAUCAUUGUGACUACACGCACUGGGAAGAUUGCUUCCCUGAUGGAUCAUUGCAUGCCUUACAAGAUGGAUGUCCUAUCUGAUGAUGAUUGUUGGAUUUUGUUUAAGAGACAGGCCUUUGUUCCUGGAAGGGAUGAUCCUAGGAUAGAAGUAAUUGGAAAGGAUAUAGUGAAGAAGUGCAAUGGUGUGCCUUUGUCUGCACAAGCUUUGGGUUUCAUGAUGCGAUUCAAGGAAGGGGUGGCUGCAUGGGAAGCAGUGAGGGACAGUGAAAUCUGGGAGAUAGAAGAAGAUCAGAAUAUCAUGCCAUCUUUGAAGCUUAGUUAUUGCCUCAUGCCUUGUCACCUGAGGCUGUGCUUUGCAUACUGUGCAGUUUUCUCCAAAGGAGCUGUCAUAGACAAGGACAUGCUGAUACAGCAGUGGAUUGCACUUGGAUUCAUUCAACCCACUAGUGGAAGCUUGACACUUGCAAAGCGCGGUGAGGAGUACAUCCGUGAACUAGCGGCUAACCAUCACACGAAAGCUGCAAGGGUAUUCCAGAUGCAUGAUUUGGUGUAUGACCUUGCAAGAUGUGUUGCUAAUGAAGAAUUCCUAUUCAUGGAUGCCAAAAAGAGUAGCACGACUAGUGCUGGAAGUGAUCAUUACCGACAUACAGUGCUGAUGAAUUGCAUUGAGGUACCAAUGAACAGCAAGGCUGCACUCUGUAAGGCAAAAUCACUUCAUUUUAGAGAUUGCAAAAGGCUGCAGAUUUCUGGGAGAUCACUCUCCCUGACCCUGAGUAAAUUCUUGCGAGUCUUGGACAUAAGUGGUUGUUCUAUCUUAGAGUUACCAAGUCAACUUAACAAGAUGAAGCAGUUACGUUAUCUUGAUGCAUCGGGAAUGCAGAAUGAAUUGAAACAGGAGUCUUUCGCUGGUUUACAAUGCCUAAAUGCACUAAACCUUUCAGCAAGUUAUUUUCAGACAUUGCCAGUUCAAAUAGUUAACCUUGAGAAAUUGCAUUACUUAAACCUUCAUGGCUGUUCUCGCCUCAUGUUAAUUCCUGAGUCCAUUUGUGAACUAAGGGAUUUGGUGCAUCUAGACCUAUCAGGAUGCAUUAACCUACGAGUUCUGCCCACAUCUUUCGGAAAGCUCCAGAAACUAUCAUUCUUGGACAUGUCUGGUUGUCUCAACCUAGUUAGCUUGCCGGAAUCAUUUUGCGACCUCUGUUACUUGGAGAACCUUAACUUGUCAUUCUGUCAUGAACUUAGAGAGUUGCCAUUAGGCAAUCAUCAAGAACUCCUCAUACUGGACGUGUCCAAUUGUCAUAAAAUCCGCAUUUUACCCAUGUCAUUUUGUAACCUCCUACAUUUAGAGGAUCUCAAUUUGUCAUGCUGUUAUGAACUUCAAGAACUUCCAGAAGAUUUUGGAAAAAUUCAUGGGCUUUGUAUUCUGGAUCUAAGUGACUGCCACAGACUUCAAGCAUUGCCUGAUUCCUUUACUGACCUUGUAAACAUAGAGAAACUAAUCUUAUCUGAUUGCUGGGAGCUAGUAAAGCUUCCAGAAUUGCUUGGGUGCCUAUGGAAAAUUCAGGUUUUGGACCUAUCAUGUUGCUCACAACUUUUUGCAUUGCCUGAGAGUGUUACUAACCUCACCAAUUUAGAACACCUAAAUCUGUCAUGCUGCAUUAGCCUUGAAAAGAUGCCUGGAGACUACGGCAGCUUAAAGAAACUUAAGCUUUUGAACAUAUCAUAUUGUUUUAAGGUCAGUAGUAUCCCUUAUGGCAUAGCCAAUAUGUCUAACCUCAACUGUUUGUUGGCGGUUGGGUUGGAUGGUUACUCUUGUAAGAAUAAGGAUGAUUUCAAUAUUGUAAGUAGCUUACUAUGUAUGCCUAGUAUAGAUUUAACUGAAAAGGACAGCCCCAGUGGCGACUUCCAUGGGAUCUUAAAGCACAAAAGACUCCAUCUUUUGGGUCUCGGCACUGUGCAAAGCAUUGAUGAGGUUGAGAACUUAGGAUUGUGCAGGCAUCAGCAGCUCAACUCAUUAAGACUUAGUAGCUCCUACUUGAAUGGUAAUGAAGUGGCUAAAUUUGUACCAGAUGACAUUGUACUUGAAAAGAUCAUACCUCCAAGGACCCUGGAACACUUUGAACUUUUGGGCUAUCGUGGUUCAGAAUUUCCUGAGUGGAUGCUGAAUCUGACAACCAUUUUGCCAAACCUUCUACCAAAAUUGCAGUCUCUGGUCAUAAAUAAUAUACCAAAUGUCAAGGCUGUUAGAGAAGAUUUUGCUGGUGGCAGCAGAGCAUUUUUGAAAUUAAGGGACCUCACCAUCAGUGAUAUGCCAAACCUAGAAAGGUGUCUGUUAACUCUAUCAACUAGCAAUGAAGAGGCCCAUGUGUAUAUGUUCCCUAACCUUCACCAUCUGAAGGUAUCAUGGUGCCCAAAGUUGAUAUUUGAACCAUCUCUUCCACAGUGCCUUUUAUUGGAAAUUGAUGCAUGUGGUGAGAUCUUGCAAGGAUGGCCAGUCACACCUUCACAAUUACACCCUAGGCCAACAAGAAGGUUAAGCUUCCAGUUCUGUGACUUAUCAUUUUCAAGGGAGGACCAACUUCAUUUGUUUAGUUCCUUAAGUUCACUUAAGUUCCUGUCAAUAAGGUCAUGUGAAGGUUUGAACACUUGGGGAGAAAGCAUAGGAACAUUAACCAGCCUUGAGGUGUUGGAGCUUUCACUCUGUGAUAUACCAGUGUCUUUGGGAAGAAUCGCUUCAUUGCAGAGUCUGAGUAUUGAAAUGUGCCAUCUACCUUGUGAUUUUCCCCAUUAUUUGCUACAACUUCCAUUCUUGCGGGAGCUACAAAUGGUUUCUUGCGAAGCUAAGUUAGAGUUACCUGGUGAAAUGACCAGAGCCAUCUUGGCUCGUAUUCCAAAUAUCAACAUACACCAUGUCGGAUGUGUCAAGCAUAUAGAACAGGAGAAUGGUAUAUGCCAAAAUGUUUCAAUUGACAAGGUCGGACGUAUGAGCUCUAUCAAUGUUAUAGUUGUGCCUCCACGGAUCCAAAUUGACCCAAUGAGUCAGCCAGAAAAGCAAGAACUGGGAACGUGGCUUCAAGUAGCAGCCAGCGAACGUGGAAUUGCGGCAAUAUCGCGGGUGAGGUCUUCGAUCGUGGAGACGCUCAAUGGCAGCGAGACCAUCACUGUUGAGGUAGAGCCAUCUGAUACAGUCGGUGAUGUCAAGGCAAAGAUACAGGACCAGCAGAGGCUCAUCUUUGACGGCAGCAGGCGUGAUAAUAAGCGCAAGCUUGACUUUUACAAGGUUCAGCAUCAUUCGACCCUGCACCUUGAUGACCUCUGUAGUCCGCGUGAUGAUGCCAUGCAGCAGAUUGGCGAUUUCAAGGCAAAGAUUCAGGACCAACAGAGGCUGCUCUUUGAAGGACAGCGGCUUGUGGAUGUGGAUGGAGAUGGACAGAGACAGACGCUCGCCAAUUACAACGUCCAGAGACAAUCCACACCCUACACCUUGACUGUCCCAUGCAGUUUUUUGUGA